UUUCAUCUCACAAUAACUUUUUUCGAUGAAAAUAUAAGUUCGUAAUUCAUGCUUAGAAAUCACUUAGUCUAUUUCAUUUCAUUUCAUUUCAUUUUAUUCAUACGUCAUACAGAUACAUUCUGUUCGAGGUAAUAUUAUGAAUGGCGCCACCAAUCGGAUCAUACCCGUUUACCAUCCCUUAAGAAGCUUAAUUUACGCUAAGCACUAAAGGGUCUCUUAUGAACGACAGGUGUAAUAUAAGUCAAUCCAAAGCAGUAGGUUGAAUUGAUUCAGCUUUAUAUCAAUGCUGUUUCGAGUCGAUCCAACUUUGUGAUGGAACUUUGAAAUAUUUUUCGCACAAACCUCUCAUUAUUCAUCUCAUUAUCAAAAAAGAGACAUAACAAAAAAAUAUUCAAUAUUUAUCACAACACUUUAUCAAGGUUUUUAUGUUAUAUGAUUGAAAAGGUUACUCAACAGUUUGGGAAAGGUAUUUGAUAUUAAAAUGAAAAACUAUUAACACGUGAUCUUAGAUAGAAAGAAAUAGAAAAAAGAAAAGAAAAGAAAAAAUAGAUAUUCAACAAUAGUAAACUGAAAGAUCUUACUGUAAGCACCCAAAAAUCUUAUGGUUUCGGUAAUAUCUUUGAAGGAACUUUCACUCGGUCGGUCUUUGUCUGUUAGGGAGUCGCAGUUUGUAGCAAGAGAAAAAAGAAAAGGAGAAAAAGGAAAAGGAGAAGAAGUACGAGGAGAGAAAUACGAAGAAGCUCGUUCUCGGUAGAACGGGUCCCGAUUACGUCUGGAGUUGAAUGACCCUUAGGUUGUGUGGCAGGAGGUACAAAGAGAGUGAACGAGAGAGAGAGAGAGAGAGAGAGAGAGAGAGAGAGAAAGAAGAGAGAGAGAGAGAGAGAGAGAGAGAGAGAGAAGAGAGAAAGCAAGAGAAGGAGAGAAGAGAGAAAGCAAGAGAAGGAGAGAAGAAAGUCGAAGAAAAGCAAGAGUAAAGCAAGGGCACGAGACAACGAGGAAGAUCAAGACGAUCAAGAGGAGUAAGAGGAGAACAAGGAAGACAACGAGGACGACGACGACAAGGAGUGGCUGAGAAGAAGAAGAGCAAAUUGGUGCUUCCGGUAACAGGGGUCCAUGAGUACCGUGGAGGAAAGCGUGCGUAACGUGACAAAACGUAACAAGUUUAGUUCACGUUGUGGCACGAGCGAGCCGACCGAUUGGAGCAGCUCGACUACUCCCACCAGUGAUACAUGGGACCCAGUCCAGGUGGUCCCCACCGCCGACACAGCGAGAUUCUCGUCCGCCUCUCUCAGGACCCAAGAUCCGUUGGGCCCUCCGAGCCGUCGCUUCGACAACCUCGACUCGACCGCUCAGCAAGCCACACCCGAUCAAGUUGACUUCUUCUUCAAGGUUAUGCUAUUGGGCGACAGUGGAGUCGGAAAGACCUGCCUACUUACUCGUUUUCGCGAUGGUCGUUUCUUAUCUGGAAACUACAUAACUACCGUCGGCAUUGAUUUCAGGAAUAAGAUCGUUACUGUCGAUGAAACAAGAGUGAAAUUGCAGAUUUGGGAUACCGCCGGACAGGAAAGAUUUCGUAGCGUGACUCACGCGUACUACAGAGACGCUCAUGCUCUUCUAUUGCUGUACGACGUAACCAACAAGACGAGCUUUGAUAAUAUCAGAGCCUGGCUCAGCGAGAUCCGGGAACAUGCCAAUGAGGACGUUGUUAUCAUGUUGCUCGGCAACAAAUCCGAUUGUGGACAGGAACGAAUGGUCAAGACAGAAGACGGCGAACGAUUGGCGCAAGAGUACAAAGUUCCUUUCAUGGAAACCUCCGCCAAGACCGGACUCAACGUCGAAUUGGCAUUUCUCGCGGUAGCUAGAGAAUUGAAAGCUAGAAAGAGCAGUGACCCAGACGAUACGAAAUUCAAUGUACAGGAUUAUGUGCGUCAACAAUCAAAACGAAGUUCUUGCUUCAAUUCUAAUUGUUUGACAACCUAAACUUGAUCGCGGCAUAAUUAUAGACCCUCGCUCGUAAAUCUUUUUAAUCGUUUGGAUUGGCGGAACGAUGGAAUGGAAACCGGAACUGGUUGGCUGUUGAAUUGUGAUAUGGUAUUUUCAUUAAUUCGAACACAACGGACUAUGAGCACAUAAAAAAGUAAUGAAAUUUAUUUUGAUUUUCAUUUCAUUUAUGAAUUAAAAAAGCAACAACAACAAAAAAUAGAAAUUAAAAAGAAAGAAAAAAAAUAGAAAUGAUGAUAGAUUUCGUCAAGAUGCGUAAUUUGGAAUUUAUAUAUAGAUUAAAUCAAGAUAAGAUAAUCAAGCAAAAUCAUUACAAGCUAAAAUCUAAUUUCUUCAAAAAAAAGAAAAAAGAAAAAAAUUACAAGGAAUGACCGGACUUGACACAAUUCGUUGCAAAAUUUUGAUAUAAUAGAAAAUUUUGUCGUUAAUCGCACAAAAUGAUUAGAAACAAAAAAGAAGCGAAUAAGUUGUAUUCGUUUUGUUAGAUAUUGUUUUUUCGAUCGACGAUCGUUGAUUUAAACAUAAUUUAUUAUUUAUAAAGAAGUUAUGCUGAGAUGAAAAUUUGUAAAAAUUAUCUACAAUUUUGAGACAUCGUACGUUGACCAUUACUAGAAACAUAUAGAAUGUAGUAUACUUUUCGAAAAAUUUCGAUGCAUUUAUGAUCCAAAUAGUUAACAGAACGAUUAACGAGCUUAUAUCAUUUUUCAAUAAGAAAUUUUUGAUACCACCUUGAAUAUUAUUUUUUCAAAUCUUGGUGAUUUUUAAACACGGACAUUUGCUCAAACGAAUAGUAUAGAUGAUGAUUAAGAUUUUUUAAAUAUUUUUUUAACAAGUUAAAUAUACGAAUAAUUUUAUUGAUCUCGUUUUUAUUAAUUUUAUGAUAAAUCCAUCGUUGAAUACGAGCAUGUUGUAUCUGGACAAAAGAAAUGUGCAUCAUAUAAGUUAUAUAUAUAAAUUGGUAAUAGGUAUAUAUAUAAAUUGUAAAUAUACAAAGUGUAUAUUAAACGUGUACAAAAGAUAACAAACAAUGUAUGAUAAUGUAAGGUCGAAGAAUAAAGAAUGAUCACAAAAUU